CGCCUGCCGGUGGGUCAUCAUUGCGCCGCCUGACGCGGCGCAACCUGGAGAGGCCACGUCACCUCUUUCAGCCCUCCUCUCCUUAUAUAAGGGCCUCCACCCCUCCUCUCUGCUCACUUUCCGCGAUCAAGUCUCAGAGCUUUCACCGGUCAAGUUCUUUCUCUUCGCUAUCUAGCCCUCCGAGUCAAGUAAGUUCCCCCUUCCUUCUAUACUUUUCCCGGUCAUGUCUUCUCUUAGCGAUAGGAUCUCUUCCUCAGAGGACUGCUCCUCUGAGAACUCCAACUCCUCCUCCUCGAUCGGGUCUUCUUCUCUUGACUCCACGCCCGGUCAGGUUCCCAACCCCUCUAUUCCCGACCCACAUCAUGUUAACCAGAUGCCCGGUGAAACCUUCGUGGGGAGGGAUGACCCGGUCGAUGAUGAACCGGGUCCCUAUGACCCUGAACACGAAACCCGGGAUGCGUGGGAGGAGCGGCUUCAUGCUGCCGGUUACUUUCCGCUUCCCACCUUCUACGUCCUUGACAUCCCCUCCCGUGUAUCCAAAAUUGCCCUGAACAAAAUUCGAAGGAGGCUCCCGGACGGGUAUACUCUCCUAUACGAACCCAACUGGCCCAACAUUGUCGAACCCCACCGGGAGGACAGGAUAGGGUUCCACACCAUUUCCCUGGAUGCGGGCAUAGUUUUUCCCCUUCGCCCCCUCCUAAUCGAAGUAUGCCACGCGUUUGGGAUUUUGCCCGGUCAAAUAACUCCCAACGCCCACCGGUAUCUCCAUUCCUUUGUAAAUAUCUGUACCCAUCUGAAAAUCUUCCCUUCUUUGCGUCUUUUCCUUUUUUGCUUCGAAGUCCUACCGGGCGGGGCUGGCUGCGAAGGCUUUGUAUUCUUCAAAGCCCGCACCGGUAGGAAGUUCAUUUCCGAAGUCCCCCAGAGUAACCGGGGAUGGAAGGAAAAGUUUGUUUUCAUCGAGUUUCCCCCCUUCUUCACUCCUCUGGCCGGUCUGAAAUGGAAUGACCACCUACUCGACCAAGAGUAUGCUGCACCGGCCUCCUCCCUAGACUUGGAAGCUAACCUCGAGAUCCUCAUGCGCGGGGAUCCUCAAACCGGGAGGAUCUUCCAUCAAGGCAGCUGGGUUUGGAGGGUAGAGUCGGGUGGUGAGGGUACCUCCCAGGCCCAGGAAGCAGCGGGGCGCGGGGUACCCUCCCCGGGCAACACUGCAGAGGCCAAGGGCCAGAACCACCCAGAUAUGGAGUUUGAAGAGUUCGCUAUCCCCGAGGACCAACCAGCGGGGGAGACCGGGGGCUCCCAAACCAACACUGCCAGGACUUUCCCGGUCAAUCCAGAGACCGUGGAAAUCCUUGACGAAGAGGAGCCUCAAGAAGAUCGGUCCAAGGGGAAGGAGAAGGAGAAGGCCGGUCGCCGGGUGAAGAAGGUGGCCACCACGCACCCUUCUUAUGCCAAGAAGAGGGCAAGGUCAGAUCCUGAGCCGGCCGGCCAGACCAUCGAAGAGGCCUUCGUCAACCUGGGGCUGAGGCUGAAGGAGGUAAGUUCUGCUGCUAUCCCGGUCUGGAUCCCUUUUCGCUAUUAUUCCAUUCUUACCGGGCUUCUUUUUCCUUUUGUGCAGGCGGGGGAGAUUGGACCCCUCACAGCCGACCGGCUUGGUUUAGGCUCUCCCUCGGAGUUUGCCCGGCUCAAGAAGGAGAAGGAGGAGAUGGCCCUCAUCUUGAGGAGCCAGGCUGACGAGCUGAUCGGGCUGUCUGGGCUAGCCGGGGCCCUUAAGACCGAGAUCUCACAGCUGAAGGAGGAGAAUGGCCGGCUAAUGGAUGAAGUCUCUGAGGCCCAGAGGGAAGCAGCGGAGAAGGAAGAAACCUUCCCCGGGCGCGCUGUCGCCUGGGUUGAAGAGAACAAGGCCGUUGCUGCCCGGGUGAUGACGGCGACUCCAGAGACGACGAUGGAGUCCUUCAGGCUUCUGUACCGGGAGCCUGAAGGAAAGAAGAUGAUUACCGCGAUUGGAUCCUUCGGAUUCAAGAGCGGUCAAAAGAAGGACAGGAUCGCCUCUCACUGGGUAUUGCUCAGAAGAGAUCCAAACUUCAGCGCUGCAUCCUAUGGCCUGGCCCCUAUCCCGGAAGAAGAGCCGACUCCCCCCUUUCCCCUUGACUGAUCUCCCCGGCUAUGCCUGGUUACUCUUUGUAAAACUUAGUAGAGAUUCCCCCGGGUAUGCCCGGCGUACUUGUAAACAUUUGACAUUUUUAAAUUCGAAUGCCAUGUUUGUUUUCUUACCGGUGAAUCUUCCCUAUCUGCUUGCUUGUUUGAUUUAUUUUUUGAUCUUGCUCCCUAGAAUACCAUCAUAGAAAUUCUGACCGGUACAUAAAUUAGGCCACUUCCC